AGUCCACUUAACAACUGGCAAUGAAGUGAUGGCUGCUGUUUGUUUCUUGGUUAUUUUUUUUGUGUAUGCUGGUUUGCUGGCUAAAGGUGUUUAUUAGCAUUUCUUGAACCACAUUUGUGUUGGAAACAGAAUGUUUGCAUCUCCAAAUACUGGAAUGAGCUUGUGUCUUCAGGCCUUUGUUUUCCAGCUCGGGUUAAACAAGAUGAGUCCAAUGCUCCGGUUAAAAAAGGUGUUCCAGGAAUUUAAUGCACUAAAUAUUGCAGUCAUUGGAAUUCAGCUUGCAGUGACUCUUAAGUACGAGCAGGCUUCACUCGUGCUCCACAGCUGAUCCCAGAUCUGCUGCUUCACCGACAAAUGGAACUUGAUGACGAUGUGAGCGACAAUGUGAAGAACGACUCCUUCGGCCACAACAUGAGCGGCAAGGGCCAACAGAACGACUCCUACAGCCACAAGAGCGGCAAGGGCCAAAAGAACGACUCCUUCAGCCACGACCAGCCGAGCCACAACAUGAGCGGCAAGGGCCAAAAGAACGACUCCUUCAGCCGCGACCAGCCGAGCCACAACAUGAGCGGCAAGGGCCAAAAGAAUGACUUCUUCAGCCACGACCAGCCGAGCCACAACAUGAGCGGCAAGGGCCAACAGAACGACUACUUCAGCCACGACCAGCCGAGCCAGAACAUGAGCGGCAAGGGCCAACAGAACGACGCCUUCAGCCACGACCAGCCGAGCCACAACAUGAGCGGCAAGGGCCAAAAGAACGACGCCUUCAGCCACGACCAGCCGAGCCACAACAUGAGCGGCAAGGGCCAACAGAACGACUACUUCAGCCACGACCAGCCGAGCCACAACAUGAGCGGCAAGGGCCAAAAGAACGACGCCUUCAGCCACGACCAGCCGAGCCACAACAUGAGUGCCAAGGGCCAAAAGAACGACGCCUUCAGCCACGACCAGCCGAGCCACAACGUGAGCGGCAAGGGCCAAAAGAAUGACGCCUUCAGCCACGACCAGCCGAGCCACAACAUGAGCAGCAAGGGCCCACAGAACGACUACUUCAGCUACGACCAGCCGAGCCACAACAUGAGCGGCAAGGGCCAAAAGAACGACGCCUUCAGCCACGACCAGCCGAGCCACAACAUGAGCGGCAAGGGCCAACAGAACGACGCCUUCAGCCACGACCAGCCGAGCCACAACAUGAGCGGCAAGGGCCAAAAGAAUGACGCCUUCAGCCACGACCAGCCGAGCCACAACAUGAGCGGCAAGGGCCAAAAGAACGACGCCUUCAGCCACGACCAGCCGAGCCACAACAUGAGCGGCAAGGGCCAACAGAACGAUCCCUUCAGCCACGACCAGAGUGAGCAUCUUCAAAUGUCUGAUGACAUGAGCAACAGCUACCAGAAUGACAGAAUGGAUGAUGGUGUGUUCACUGUGAAUGUUUGAAGUGUACAGUUGUCCUGAUGGUUGUAGCAUGAUUGAAGGCUUUGUUCUGUUUCAUGUAACAUCUGUCUGACAAUUAAAACAUUUUACCUUAAUACAA